AUGUUUGUGUCCCGAAUUUUGCACGAACAUUUCUAUUUGCACGUGUGCACCGUUUUUCCUCUCUCUCUCUGUCUCUACUUCCAGCAUCGUGACACGCAGGAAACGUUGGCCGUCCUCGAACGGUUGGACCUGGACACGGAAAAGCCCACGGAAGAGGAGCUGGCGCGGAAAUUUGGCUACGAGGACGACUACUACAACGGAACGGUUUCCUGGUGGCAGCACAUGAAACCGCAAAUUUGGUCCCUGUUCGAUGAACCGUACAGCUCCAAUGCUGCCAAAAUAAUUGGUGUGAUAUCGGUGUUCUUCAUAUGUGUGUCGAUUUUGUCCUUCUGCCUGAAAACCCAUCCGGAUAUGCGAGUGCCGGUGAUACGGAACACCACGGUCCGGACGGCCAACGGGAGCCUGGCCUGGGUGCUGGACAAGACCCAAACCAACGCGCACGUGGCGUUCUUCUACAUUGAGUGCGUGUGCAAUGCGUGGUUCACGUUGGAAAUUUUGGUUCGCUUCAUCUCGUCACCGCACAAGUGCGAGUUCAUCACUUCGUCUGUAAAUAUCAUCGACUACAUCGCCACGCUGAGCUUCUACGUGGACCUGGUGCUGCAAAAAUUCGCCUCCCAUCUGGAGAACGCCGACAUUCUGGAGUUUUUCUCCAUCAUCCGUAUCAUGAGACUGUUCAAACUGACGCGACACUCGUCCGGGCUGAAAAUCCUCAUCCAGACAUUUCGCGCCUCGGCCAAGGAGCUAACCCUACUGGUGUUUUUCCUGGUGCUGGGCAUCGUGAUAUUCGCCAGCCUGGUCUACUACGCCGAGCGCAUCCAGGCGAAUCCGCACAACGAUUUCAACAGCAUCCCGUUGGGGCUGUGGUGGGCCCUGGUCACAAUGACCACCGUCGGCUAUGGCGACAUGGCACCGAAAACCUACAUCGGGAUGUUUGUCGGAGCGUUGUGUGCUUUGGCCGGAGUGCUGACGAUCGCUCUUCCGGUGCCGGUCAUCGUGAGCAACUUUGCCAUGUACUACUCGCACACGCAAGCCCGGGCCAAACUGCCGAAAAAACGCCGACGGGUGAUACCGGUUGAGCAGCUGCGGACGCCACGAGUGGCAGGACAACCGGGAGCUAUGGGAAUGCCCGGUUCGGGUCCGAUGGCUCGCCGCAUGAACCAGACGAAGACAAAGGAUCUCGGUCCGAAAAUAGGUCCAAUCGGUGCCAGUAUCGUCGCCAUGUGCCCCAAAAACGUGGGCCUUCACACCAACCCAGCACUGGCCAUGUGCAAGCCAACGUUCGAGGUGCGACCUCCGGUGAUCAACACCCUGAGUAACCCAGUGGCGCCACCUGCGCCGAUGAGCACCAAACCGACGACGACGCUGAUCCCCCGAGAUGCCAGCAUCGGAAAGUUCAAUAAUAACAAUAACAACAACAGUACCAUGAAUGCAAAUGGUAACGCCAGCACCGUUACCGGCAAAACCGAAAAUGAAAACAACACCAAAUGAAGCCAGGCCAAGAGCCUCGGAAAGUUGGUUCGCUCCCUGAAACGGAUUCUCCUGCGGAUGGGUGCACUUUUUCGAAGCUUAACUUUGUACAUUCGACAGAGAUACAUGUAGCUAGCUUUAUGUAAAUAUCUAGAGAACAACCGGAAUCUGUACAUAUUUCAGCAAUCUCGCAGCAUUUAUAGUCAAAUAGUUAUGCAGAUGUAUUCUAAGAAAUUUACUACUCAUUCUUGGUGGAGUUUUGUCCUUUUAAGCGCAAUGAGGGCAGUUGCAGUGAGGAAACGCUUUAACUUUCAAUUCUUGCUUAAGAUAAAAGAGGAACUAAACAAUUAUUCUUAUGAUCGCUCAAUUAGAACGUAACAUUUUGGUCCAUAUUGAUUGAACUGCAUCGGAAGAAAGACAUAAUCGGUAGGGGAUGACUUUCACCUAGAAACUCGCUUUUUACAGUACAAACCAAACUGAUGAUCAUAUUAGUUGAGAAAGUAUAACUUCAUUCCACAGGUUUCCCACUUUUACCAAGUAAAAACGAAAAGCGAAUAUUUCCGUAAAACAACUACUAAUGCUACGGGUCAGACAAAUUUCACGCAUUCUUUACCAUGCUUUGUUUAGAUCAGGCUACAUGGACCAAAACCGAACGUGCAUACAAACUUCAGAUUCAAAACGACUUAUGUAUCAAUCUUAGACGACGAGGUAAGAUUUCCAAUGAAACAGCUUUCCACCAUCACUAGGGAAAGCAUCUCAUACAAACAAUAGAAAUAUUUUAGUUUUAUCUAGUCAGUUCAAACCCAUUUUAAUCAAAGUCAUUUUCAAACGAAGGACAAGAAGCAUCAAAUGUGAUACAAGUAGAGUUACCUAACGAAGUUUGCACUGGAAUCGAGGAAUUUAACGAAGAAAUCGAAUAACGAAUACGAUCAGAUCGAACAGUUGUGUUAAUCGCCGCAUUUCACUCACAGAGAAACUAUCACACUGCGUUAUCAACAGAGAAAUUUUAACAAGCCGGUUACGAAAGAAUUAUAUUUAAACCUUAACCGCUAAGCGUAGGAUAAAAUCGAUAACUAGUACACGAUUUAAGCCAAAGCCCGCAUUAGCUGCUACUACUUUUUAAUUUGUGUCAGUCAACUGAAGCUGAAUUUUACGUUGCAUACCUAACAAUCUGAGUGAACAGCACCAAUCAAGGAAUUAGUACUUAACGGAAAACUUUGAUGAACAUGGUCUUUCUUUAUCUGGUAAUGAAUGAAUAAAAACGCUCAUGGCCACCUGCGACAAACUA